GCACCGCCGUCUGGGAACAGCUUUACGACAUAUUGACUUUCAUUCUACGACAGGCGGGGCUGCUUUGUGGCUGUCAACUUUCCCCGAGGUCCGAGCUGGGAGCCACAUUAUCGUGGAGGCUGCAGCGGCGACGGCGGAGCGAUGAGGCAGAAGCGGAAAGGAGACCUCAGCCCUGCUGAGCUAAUGAUGCUGACCAUAGGAGAUGUUAUUAAACAACUGAUUGAAGCCCACGAACAGGGAAAAGACAUCGAUCUAAAUAAGGUGAAAACCAAGACAGCUGCCAAAUAUGGCCUUUCAGCACAGCCUCGCCUGGUGGAUAUCAUUGCCGCAGUCCCACCUCAGUAUCGAAAGGUUUUGGUCCCCAAGUUAAAGGCAAAACCCAUCAGAACUGCGAGUGGGAUUGCUGUUGUAGCUGUGAUGUGCAAACCCCACAGAUGUCCACACAUUAGUUUUACAGGAAAUAUUUGUGUAUACUGCCCUGGUGGACCUGAUUCAGAUUUUGAGUAUUCAACCCAGUCAUAUACUGGAUAUGAGCCAACCUCCAUGCGAGCUAUUCGUGCUAGAUACGACCCUUAUCUACAGACAAGACACCGCAUAGAGCAGUUGAAACAGCUUGGUCACAGUGUGGAUAAAGUGGAGUUUAUUGUGAUGGGUGGAACAUUUAUGGCCCUUCCUGAAGAAUACAGAGAUUAUUUUAUACGCAACUUACAUGAUGCCUUGUCAGGACAUACCUCUAACAAUAUUUACGAGGCAGUCAAGUAUUCUGAGAGGAGCCUCACAAAGUGUAUUGGAAUUACUAUUGAGACCAGACCUGAUUAUUGCAUGAAGCGGCAUUUAAGUGACAUGCUGACCUAUGGCUGUACCAGGCUGGAGAUUGGGGUGCAGAGUGUCUACGAAGAUGUGGCCAGAGAUACCAACAGGGGCCACACUGUGAAGGCAGUCUGUGAGUCAUUCCACCUGGCCAAAGAUUCAGGUUUCAAAGUGGUGGCUCAUAUGAUGCCUGAUCUGCCAAACGUGGGACUCGAGAGAGACAUCGAUCAGUUUAUAGAGUUUUUUGAGAACCCUGCUUUUCGUCCCGAUGGUUUAAAACUUUACCCGACCCUGGUGAUUCGUGGAACUGGGCUUUAUGAGCUGUGGAAAUCAGGACGCUAUAAGAGUUAUUCGCCUAGUGACCUGAUCGAAUUGGUGGCUCGGAUCCUUGCCCUUGUGCCUCCAUGGACUCGAGUGUACCGCGUGCAGAGGGAUAUUCCAAUGCCCUUAGUCAGCUCAGGAGUCGAGCACGGUAAUUUGAGAGAGCUGGCAUUCGCAAGAAUGAAGGACCUGGGAAUACAGUGUCGAGAUGUGAGAACCAGAGAGGUUGGGAUUCAAGAAAUUCAUCACAAAGUACGGCCAUAUCAGGUUGAGUUGGUAAGGAGAGAUUAUGUUGCAAAUGGUGGCUGGGAAACAUUCUUAUCAUACGAAGACCCAGAUCAAGACAUUUUGAUUGGCCUCCUGCGAUUACGAAAGUGUUCAGAGGAAACCUUCCGUUUUGAGUUGGUUGGAGGUGUCUCCAUAGUCCGAGAGCUGCAUGUGUACGGGAGUGUAGUCCCUGUGAGCAGUCGGGAUCCUACUAAGUUUCAGCAUCAGGGAUUUGGCAUGCUGCUGAUGGAGGAAGCAGAAAGAAUAGCUAGAGAAGAACAUGGGUCUGGGAAAAUAGCUGUUAUAUCAGGGGUUGGCACCAGGAAUUAUUACAGAAAGAUUGGCUACCGGUUACAAGGCCCAUACAUGGUGAAGACACUAAAAUAUUAGCUUCAAUAGUCCACCUGAUGCAGUGUUUCUGGCAGGAAGUGGAGAUUCCAGGUGUCCUGAAUAUUCAACGGAGAGGCUGAGCAAAGCAAAUGGACCUACCCUGUCCCCUUGGCGAGAAGCUUCACCCUCAUCCUGCAGCUGCGGAGACUGGAAACUGCUCUCAGGGCACGACCGGGCGUCUGGUGACCAAGCAUGGAGCCUCUGGCGCUCGGCGCUCCUGUGCCCCGACCUGUGUGUUCAAGAAGUCACUCCAGUUUUCAAGGCUAAGUCAUGUACCCAGUUUCUAAAUUCUGCAUGUGGCCAGCAAGUGACUUACUCCGACUGACAAAAGCAAAUUAGUCAACUCAUUUGGGUACCAUACUUCAUGAAAUAAAACUAGAUGGUGGGUAGGAGCAAAGUUAGGAGAAACUUAUUUAUAUGGUAUAGGGACAAAAAGGCAGGUUGAACACAUGAAAACUGACCGAUUUUGAACUCUGGACUUAAACAUAGAAGCAUUCCAGCACACAAAAAUGAGCUUUCCUUUUAUUGCAAGUCAUUCUGGUUUCUGUGAUGUUUGCAGUAACUGUGUGAUGGAGAGAGGAGUUGACAUAUGUUAUGUUUCAAGCUUGAAACCAGCCCUUUUCAUUUUACGGUGGGCCAUUACGAAUGUCAAUUUCACAGUUUUUUUGUCUCUACUUCCUACUCUCUUUACAACUGCAGGCCAGUGUGGGCAGCACCUCCGCCCAGAGAAACGAUUGGCUUCUCCUCCUGUCUCUCCUGAGCAGGCGGAGUCGGGCAUGCGUGUGUCUUAGGUGGUGUGGCCCUAAGUGAAGGUGCCCUCCCACAGGAGCUGUUCCCUGCAUUUUAAUUCUUUAAGAUGAAUUUUGGUUUGCUUUAAAUGGAUAAAGAUAAGAGUUCAACUCAUAUGAAAGCAAAACUAAAAACGGUAAUGCGGAACAGGCCCAAAUCUAAAGAUAGGAAAAAGACUGGCUUCUCCCAGCUCCACCUUGUUGAACUGUCUCGUAAGUCCCAGGUUAUCUAAGGAGACUCCGCCUGGAGAGGGUCAGUUCCUGAGAGCAUGGCUGAACCCUAUGCCCCUCGGCUGCUGUGGCGUUUCACAAGGUUUAUUAAAUGGGAUUGAUUCUUCUCAAAGGUACAAAAAAUAAAACCGACAAACAGAGAAGGAUCAUAUAAGGCAGUGGUUCUCAACCUUCUGGCCCUUUAAAUACAGUUCCUCAUGUUGUGACCCAACCAUAAAAUUAUUUUCGUUGCUACUUCAUAACUGUAAUGUUGCUACUGUUAUGAAUCGUAAUGUAAAUACCUGAUAUGCAGGAUGGUCUUAGGCGACCCCUGUGAAAGGGUCGUUCGACCGCCAAAGGGGUCGCGACCCACAGGUUGAGAACCGCUGAUCCUCUCCCUGUAAAUGCGGUGGCAUUUGCCAUGAAUUUGCAGGGUUGUUUCCAGCCUGUGACACUGUUCACUGCCCCCUGGGUGCCGUCUGCCGUCUCAUUCAACUGCCACAAGGCAAAUGGCACUGCCUUCCCGUGGGCUCGGUGGAGCCAGAGGCUUUCCAUGAGCGUAGUUUAGGGUACUUAGCUGCUUCUCAAUUAUGUGUGUGUUUCCUUUAAAAAUAAAACUGUUAAGCUAACAAAGCAUAUACUGUGAUGGCUGUUAGCACACAUGACGAGCUAGAAGGAAGAGCGUGCCGGCCCAGGCUUGCCUCCACCGAAGUCUCUGCACCUCCAGUUUCUCAUCUGUCCUCUUCACCUACAUGUAUCAAACUGUGAGGUGCAAGCAGGUCCUUUGUGAAGUUGUAAAAGGACUUUCACAUGUAAGGUUCAUUGUAAAAUUACAGUUUAGAGCAAGUUUUUAAGACAAAAUUGCCUGUUUCUAAUGGAUAAGUCAUUGUUUCAUCUGGAUUUUCAUCUCAGGGCUCAGGAGUACCUACCAGGCUCAUCCCCAGCCGGCCUAGGAGUGAGUCUCCUAGCCUUGAGCAAAGAUGCGGAGCUUCUCAAGCUUCCCGGGGGUGCAGUCCCUGCAGCGUUCUGUCACUAGAACCAGCUUCUCCGCUGACUGCCAAGGACCUCUCCUGGCAUUCGUGGCACUUGGCACUCCGGUGGCCUGGCCGGCCUGGCUCUCCCAGAAAUGGGUGCUCCUCAGUAGAGCAGCCGCCUCAUAAGAGAGAUCCCUUAGGCAGGACCCUGCGGCCUCUGUAUUAAACUUUGAAAGCUGCACCUUGGGUUCCUGAUCUGUAUCGAACAGCUGAGCAACCACCUCAAACCAAAUAGCUCUGCUUAGUUCAGCUUCUUGUGAUAUCACCUGGAGAGUUAAAAAAAAAAAAAAUUAAGAACAGACUGAAAUCUAUUUGAAUAGAAAAUGAGAUU